CAGGGCAAGAAACAAGAGUGUAUUAUCUCUUCUGCCUCGACGUAUGGAUGGACGAUGAGACGGGGGAAGAGCGAGAGUUGUGAGUCGGGAACACAGCAACUAUAUAGGUGAAAGCCCAUCCAUGCUCGUAGUCGGGAUCUACAUGCGACCUCCGGCGAUGCAAUCCCUAAAGUUCCAGAAGAGCCUGAAGCGUCUGGACCAAAGCUUCCCUUCUCAUCCUGAACGACGUACCUGUUUACGUACCCUGAGCUCGUUGAAAGUCCCCUGGCGCUACUGCUGUGCUGCAGGAGCGAUGUAUGCCCGAUAGCGGCAGCAAACCACCCCCCUCCCCUUUUUCUCUCUAACGCAUCCGUACCAACUUAAACCUGCCGCCGGGUUAUGCGUUUUUGCCCUUGCAUCGAAACACCCGAUCCCUGCGUCAGCGCGCAGAAGAAUGGAAGGAAGAAAAGCUCAGCACAGCGCGCGCCAGGCACUGCAUGGUGGUGAAGAAUGUCCGCCGGCAGUUGCAUGCGUCUGAUUACGCCAGCGGUUUUGGCGGAUGCGCGCCGCCGCGACGCCCCAUAUCAUCAUCAUCAUCACGGCGGCUUGUGCAGAUCGGACGUCCCCGUGACUGCGCGCGCAGCUCGCGUAUUCAUGUCCAAUUCCUCCGGUACGCUCCGUGUUGCCACCGUGACGGAAGCCAUCCAGACGAAAGGAACACCCACGGGUACCCAUAUGGCCCUCGGUUGAGCUUUGCGGGGGGAUUAAAACCAACCACGAGAGGGCCGCAGGAG